CGGGGCCACAGUGGUUCCGGGGCUACCUGCCGGCGCGCUUCCCGCUGCCUUCCGGCCCCGCGCGGGGAAGCUGAGGCCGCGGUCCCACCUCCCCUCGGCGCAGCCUCGCACCUCCCGCCGCGUCACCCGUCGUUGCUCCCGCUCCUCAACGGCCGCGGGGUUUGGGCCUACCCAGCGGUCGGGCCACCUCCGCCCUCUCCGCCGUGACGAAUCGGCGCCCGGCUGGCAAAUUACCCAAAUUCGGGGAGUUUUGAGAAACAUAUGGGGCCUGAAAAAAUCCUUGAUUGUACUAAGCACCACCGCGUCCCCACUAGAAGACUUACUUUUCUAAAGAGAGUCGGUUGGGGCCUUGAAAGGAAUUAAGAAGAGUGUUGAAAGUGCGAGCGCGGAAGCUCCGGACGCGAGGGGCGGGGCGUGCGCGGGACAAAGGGAAGCGAGGCCGGAGCUGCGGGCGUUUUUUCUGCCCGCGGUGUCUCAGAUUCAUUCUUAAGGAACUGAGAACUUAAUCUUCCAAAAUGUCAAAAAGACCAUCUUAUGCCCCACCUCCCACCCCAGCUCCUGCAACACAAAUGCCCAGCACACCAGGGUUUGUGGGAUACAAUCCAUACAGUCAUCUCGCCUACAACAACUACAGGCUGGGAGGGAACCCGGGCACCAACAGCCGGGUCACGGCAUCCUCUGGUAUUACGAUUCCAAAACCCCCAAAGCCACCAGAUAAGCCGCUGAUGCCCUACAUGCGGUACAGCAGAAAGGUCUGGGACCAAGUAAAGGCUUCCAACCCUGACCUAAAGUUGUGGGAGAUUGGCAAGAUUAUUGGUGGCAUGUGGCGAGAUCUCACUGAUGAAGAAAAACAAGAAUAUUUAAACGAAUACGAAGCAGAAAAGAUAGAGUACAAUGAAUCUAUGAAGGCCUAUCAUAAUUCCCCCGCGUACCUUGCUUACAUAAAUGCAAAAAGUCGUGCAGAAGCUGCUUUAGAGGAAGAAAGUCGACAGAGACAGUCUCGCAUGGAGAAAGGAGAACCUUACAUGAGCAUUCAGCCUGCUGAAGAUCCAGAUGAUUAUGAUGAUGGCUUUUCAAUGAAGCAUACAGCUACCGCCCGUUUCCAGAGAAACCACCGCCUCAUCAGUGAAAUCCUUAGUGAGAGUGUGGUGCCAGACGUUCGGUCUGUUGUCACAACAGCUAGAAUGCAGGUCCUCAAACGACAGGUCCAGUCCUUAAUGGUUCAUCAGCGAAAACUAGAAGCUGAACUUCUUCAAAUAGAGGAGCGACACCAAGAAAAGAAGAGGAAAUUCCUGGAAAGCACAGAUUCAUUUAACAAUGAACUUAAAAGGUUGUGUGGUUUGAAAGUAGAAGUGGAUAUGGAAAAAAUUGCAGCUGAAAUUGCACAGGCCGAGGAACAGGCUCGCAAAAGGCAGGAGGAAAGGGAGAAAGAGGCAGCAGAGCAAGCUGAGCGCAGCCAGAGCAGUAUUGUUCCUGAGGAGGAGCCAGCAGCUAAUAAGACCGAAGAAAAGAAAGAAGACGAGAGCAUUCCGAUGGAGACAGAGGAGACACGCCUUGAAGAAACGACGGAAAGCCAGCAGAAUGGUGAAGAAGGCACGUCUACUCCUGAGGACAAGGAGAGCGGGCAGGAGGGGGUGGACAGUCUGGCAGAGGAAGGGACCAGUGAUAGUAACACUGGCUCAGAGAGCAACAGUGCAACCGUGGAGGAAGCACCAACAGACCCCGUACCAGAAGACGGGAAAAAAGAAUAAACGUUGCCUUGUUUUAUGUGUUCUAAAUACUUUUUUAAAUGAAAAAAUGUUUUUUGAGUUUUAA